AAAAUAAAGCACAGCAUAUUUGACAGUCAGCAAACAUUACGUACAAAUCUACUCCUUGUGUUCUGUGUAUCGUUCAGAUUAGUACAAAAUAAAUUUUUGCCACUUUUUUUUAUAAAACAUUUAGUUUUUAUAAUCCGGUUUCACUGCAAACAACAUACAGGAGACUUGGCUCGUGCUUAAGAAUCGAUUUGUUUGGUCACUUCAAAAGACUCGAGCACAAAGAAUCGAUUCGUUUACUGGCUAUUCUGCAUAUCGAAAAAAAAAACGCACGUGCAGCGUAACAGUUAGUUCAGAAAUGUCUCUGGUGGCGGUAUUGAAAAUGCUUGGUCUCGGAGCAGUGGCUAUCGCAUUAGGCCUGGAAGGACUGGACUGGUUGCUGGUUCGACAUGUCUGGCCCAGAAGAGGUUCCCGUAAGCCCCUGAAGGAGGUUCUCUUCUUUCCUUCACCACCAGCAUGUGUGGAGCACUUGUACAAUUCCCUUAAGGCUCAUUCAUGCCUGUGUCCCCUCCCUCAUGGCCUCAACACAUCAUUCACCAGACUCCUGGAGCAUCUUCUCUCAGCGUGUGUUUCACUGGAUCUUUGUCUGUUCUCCUUCUCCAACCCUGAGCUGAGCCGGGCCGUGCUGCUCUUACACAGCCGGGGGGUGCGUGUGAGACUGUUUACGGAUCGAGACUACAUGGCCAUCAGCGGCUCUCAGAUCGGCGUCCUCCGCAAGGCAGGUAUCUGUGUGAGGCACGAGAUGGCAAACUCCAUGUACAUGCAUCAUAAAUUUGCGUUGUUGGACGGCAGGAUGUUGAUCACUGGCUCCCUCAACUGGACCAUGACAGCGGUACAGAGCAAUAAGGAGAACGUGAUCGUGACAGAGGAGCCAGAGCUCGUUCGACCCUAUGAGGACGAGUUCAACAAGCUGUGGGAGGAAAACGAUCCGGACAAACACCACCCACAAAAAUACAGGGACAUAAAGGGACUCCUGACUCCCAGCAGAGACGAGUAGCUGGACACAGAGUUGGAUUUAGUGUUUAAUUCGUUGAGUUUUAUUUAGUAGAGAAGGUUUCACUUUGUUACAAAAUUUCAUGGAAAUUAUUCUAAAAAAAAUUUUUUUUUACAUUUGUAUGUAGUUUCACAGAAUCUGUUUUUAUUUCAAUAUUAUGUUUUUUUCUGAGUGUAGAUUAAAUUCUGUUCAUUUUACUAGAUCAUUUAAAUAUUUCAGGGACAUGGAGAAGAUUGGAUUAUUAUUGUUUAUAUUGAAUUCCUGUUUAUCCACUUCAAGGAUACUGACCCAUGGACAGAUGUUAAAGACAUAUUGAAUGCAUUGCUCUGUAUCUGUUGCUGUGUUUAAAAUCUGAAUCUCAUGCAGAAAAGGAAGAGGAAUAGUGCAUCCUACCCGGUGAGAACUAAACUGCAAUGCAUCAAACAAAAUAUUUUAUUGACCCUACUCUGACCUGUUCUUUAGUGUCUUUUCAUCUGAAAUAACAUGGUGUGUGUGUGUGUGUGUGUUACCGUUUGGGGAAGGCCCCUUUCCUGUUCCAACAUGACUGCACAUCAGUACACAAAGCAAGGUCCAUAAAGACGUGGAUGAGAGAGUUUGGUGUGGAGGAACUUGACUGGCCUGCACAGUGUCCUGACCUCAACCUGAUAGAACACCUUUGGGAUGAAUUAGAGCAUCCCAUCCAUGUCUUUAUGGACCUUGCUUUGUGCACUGGUGUACAGUCAUGUUGGAACAGGAAGGGGUCAUCACAAAGUUGGGAGCAUGAAAUUGUCCAAAAUGUUUUGGUAUGCUGAAGCAUUAAGAGUUCCAUUCAGGUGUCUUUACCUGAAAAACACCUAACACCUAAUUCAGUGAUUUGGACGGGUGU